AAAGAGAAAAAGUGAAAUAUUUCUUGUCUCCAUGUCUCUAUCAAAAGUGGGAAAAAGAAAGAUAGACCAGGAGGGCCGUGUCUUUCAAGAGAAGUGGGAGAGAGCGUAUUUCUUCGUGGAAGUGCAGAAUAUCCCUACGUGUUUAAUAUGCAAACAAAGCAUGUCUGUGUCCAAAGAGUACAACCUCCGGCGUCAUUAUCAAACGAACCACAGCAAGCACUACGACCAGUAUACCGAGAAGAUGCGAGACGAAAAGCUCCACGAGCUGAAGAAAGGACUCAGGAAGUACCUCCUGGGGUCAUCCGAGAUCGUGGGCCCUGAGCAGAAACAGGCGUUUGCAAAUGUGAGCCCAAAUGAAACUGCAGCCGUACAACCCAUAGAAGACAUGGCUGGGAACUUAUGGGAGAAGUUACGUGAAAAAAUCAAGUCGUUCGUGGCAUACUCUAUCGCAAUCGAUGAGAUCACGGAUAUCAAUAAUACCACCCAGCUGGCCAUAUUCAUCCGAGGCGUUGACGAGAAUUUCGAUGUGUCAGAAGAGCUCUUGGAUACGGUGCCCAUGACAGGUACAAAAUCUGGCAACGAGAUAUUUCUGCGUGUCGAGAAGAGUCUGAAGAAGUUUAAUAUCGACUGGUCAAAACUGGUCAGCGUGGCCUCUACAGGCACCCCCGCCAUGGUCGAUGUGAAUGACGGGCUGGUGAUGAAACUUAAGUCCAAGGUGGCCAUGAUUUGCAAGGACUCGGAUCUGAAGUCGGUUUGUUGCAUCAUUCACCCGGAAUCGCUUUGUGCGCAAAAGUUGAAGAUGGACCACGUCAUGAGUGUGGUGGUUAACUCCGUGAACUGGAUAUGCUCCCGUGGGCUGAACCACAGUGAGUUCACGACCCUGCUGUAUGAACUGGACAGCCAAUAUGGCAGCCUGCUCUACUACACCGAGAUUAAGUGGCUCAGUCGCGGGCUGGUGCUCAAGAGAUUUUUUGAAUCGUUGGAAGAAAUUGAUUCCUUCAUGUCGUCCAGAGGGAAGCCCCUGCCUCAGCUGAGCUCUCAAGAUUGGAUCAGAGACUUGGCCUUCUUGGUCGAUAUGACAAUGCACCUGAACACUUUGAACAUCUCGCUCCAAGGGCACUCACAGGUCGUCACGCAGAUGUACGACCUGAUCCGGGCGUUCCUAGCCAAACUGUGCCUUUGGGAAACUCACUUGGCGAGGAAUAACCUGGCCCACUUCCCCACGCUGAAGUCGGUUUCCAGAAAUGAAAGCGACGGCCUGAACUACAUUCCCAAAAUCGUGGAACUGAAGACCGAGUUCCAGAAGAGGUUGUCCGAUUUCAAACUCUAUGAAAGUGACCUGACCCUGUUCAGCUCCCCUUUCUCGGUGAAGAUCGAGAGCGUGCACGAGGCGCUCCAGAUGGAGGUCAUUGACCUGCAGUGCAACACGGUGCUAAAGACUAAAUACGACAAGGUCGGGGUCCCCGAGUUCUACAAAUACCUGUGGAGUAGCUACCCGAAGUACAGAAUCCACUGCGCAAAGAUUCUCUCCAUGUUCGGGAGCACCUACAUUUGCGAACAGCUGUUUUCCAUUAUGAAACUGAGCAAAACAAAAUACUGCUCGCAGUUAAAGGACUCGCAGUGGGAUUCCAUGCUCCACAUCGCGACAUGACUUACGACACAGGGGGGUGCAAGAGGAGAAUCCUCUGGGCCCCAGGGAUUGCAAGAUGAGAAGACAAGUUAUAAACUUUCUGUUUUCCAGUUUUUUCCACUUUGACUCGGAAAUGUAACUUGCAGUAUCCUACCCGUUUGUAUGACAUUUUAUGCCUCACCA